GACGUCACAGGCGUAAUGACGUCACCGGCAACGCUGUCAAACCACUGCAGCGAAGAAGUAGGAUCCUGGAACACGCAUUAAUUCCCCGAAGACAGACGAAUCUCCAUUAUGGCUCUGAGGAACGUGUGUCGCCUCUUGGCUCCAUCACAGAGAUGUACCAUCCUUUCAAUAGCUAGAGCUCAGGGCACUGCAGCACCUGCCAGGCGGGAUGCAGAGAAGACUGAGAAAUCAAAAGCACCGAAGGUCAACUUCGACUGGCGUGACGCUCUGGACCUGGAGGGCCUACUGACAGAGGAGGAGGUCAUGAUCAGGGACUCCUUCAGAACCUACUGCCAAGACAAACUGAUGCCUCGCAUCGUUUUAGCCAACAGAAAUGAAGUUUUCCACAGAGAAAUUGUGUCCGAAAUGGGGGAGAUGGGGGUCCUGGGUCCAACCAUUAAAGGGUACGGCUGUGCCGGAACAAGCUACGUGGCCUACGGUUUGAUCGCCAGGGAAGUAGAAAGAGUGGACAGUGGCUAUCGCUCUGCCAUGAGUGUGCAGUCGUCACUCGUCAUGUACCCCAUCAAUGCCUACGGCACUGAGGAGCAGAAACAGAAGUACCUGCCUAAGCUGGCACGGGGAGAGAUUCUGGGUUGCUUCGGGCUGACUGAGCCAAAUCACGGCAGCGACCCAAGCAGCAUGGAGACCCGAGCCAAAUACAACCCGUCCAGUCGUACCUACUCCCUCACAGGCUCCAAAACCUGGAUCACCAACUCCCCGGUGGCAGACGUUGCGGUGGUUUGGGCCAAGUGUGACGACGGCAGAGUCCGCGGCUUCAUCCUGGAGCGUGGCAUGAAAGGCCUGUCCACUCCAAAGAUCGAGGGAAAGUUCUCCCUGAGAGCAUCUGCCACCGGCAUGAUCCUCAUGGACGAGGUGGAGGUUCCAGAGGAGAACCUGCUUCCUCAUGUGUCCGGCCUGGGGGGCCCGUUUGGUUGCUUGAACAACGCUCGUUACGGCAUCGCGUGGGGAGCUCUCGGGGCUGCGGAGUUCUGCUUCCACGCGGCUCGCCAGUACACACUCGACAGGAUCCAGUUCGGCGUGCCGCUCGCCAGGAACCAGCUGAUGCAGAAGAAGAUGGCCGACAUGUUGACAGAGAUCACCAUCGGCUUGCAUUCAUGUCUGCAGCUGGGGAGACUCAUCGAGGACAAAAAGGCGGCCCCAGAGAUGAUCUCCAUGCUGAAGAGGAACAGCUGCGGUAAAGCUUUGGACAUGGCCAGGCAGGCCCGAGACAUGCUGGGAGGAAACGGCAUCGCCGAUGAAUAUCACGUCAUUCGCCAUGUCAUGAACCUGGAGGCUGUCAACACGUAUGAAGGUACCCAUGAUAUCCACGCCUUGAUCCUGGGCAAAGCCAUCACUGGACUGCAGUCCUUCACUGUGGACAAUUAGACCCAAAUUCUCUCUGCUGCUUUCCAACAGCUGCUGCCAGCUCUCAUGUAUGUGUGAGUAGACCAUAACGCCUAUUUAAUAUUUGCAGAGGAAUAUUUUUGUAAUUUCACAUAAAUGCAGUGAUUUUUGUCAAGUAAUUUGGUUACUGAAGUCUGCCAAGAUAAGAUCAAAACAUCUCAACUGUUGAUGGGCAGAUGAUGCUACAAGCACUUUAUUGUUUUUUGUCCAAGACGAUUAUGACUUUGCAUGACUUGCCACAGGUCAUCAUUUUUGCUUUGAAAUAAAAACUAUUUUAACAGUU